AUGGGUCAGGUUCAGAGUGACAGUGAUGAGGAAGUGGAUCUGGCUCAGAUUCAGGCUCUCUACACGGCCUUCAUGAAGGAGUGUCCGAGCGGAGCGCUGCACCUCCACGAAUUCCGCAAGAUCUUCGGCGUGCAAAGUUCCUCGGAGGAGGAGGCGCUUUAUAUAGAGUCCAUAUUCAAAUCAUUCGACCGGAACAAGGACAAUAUAUUAGACUUCAUGGAGUUUGUGGCAGCUGUGCAUCUGGUGCUCAGAGGGAAACUGGAGGACAGACUCAGAUGGUCCUUCAAAGUCUACGACAGAGACGAGAACGGGAAGUUAGACAGGAACGAAGUCAAGCACAUUAUUACAAUAAUUUGUAAAAUUAAGAAAUCGAACACAGAAAUGACACCCAGUGAAGUGUGUGACAGGAUCUUUGAACUGGUGGAUCAAAAUAAAGAUGGUCAGAUAUCGCUGUCCGAGUUCAUCGAGGGGGCUCAGAAGGACCCCUGGAUCAUGGACCUGCUCAAACUAGAUGUGGACGCCAGUGGCUGGUUCAGAGAGAACUGGAAGAAAAAGACAUGA